AUGACCGCAGACCUGAUUCUCGUGUGUACCAGUCAGUCUGCUACAAAAGAUGAUACAAAAGAAGAAACAUUUACUGAAGGGGAAGAAUCCUAUGUAGAUGGAAAAGACUCAGAUGAGGAAAAUUUAGAAGGAAGUUCAAGUUCAAUUCAAUAUGGUUACAUGGAAGACAUUGCAGCACCUCCAGAAGCCCCUGCUCCAGCUUCAGAAGAGGUUGAGGAGCCUGUAAAGAAGAAAAUAUCGGAGAGUUUCUUCUACGAUUACUCAGAGCUUGCUUCGAUGCCUUUUGUGACUCCAGAUUCGAACAUACCAUUGGAUCUUCUCACAGUUGUACAUUCUUUUGGAUAUGACUGCAGAAAACGAGCCAACCUACAGCUUCUGGACAGCAGUACUGCAUUAUACAUCGCUGGGAACCAGCUGAUCCUCCUGAAUUUAAAAACCAAGGAACAGACCUAUCUGCGAAGCAGCAGUGGGGAAGGAAUUGGUGUCAUUGGGGUUCAUCCACAGAAAACUCACUUCACAGUAGCUGAAAAAGGAAGUUAUCCAAAGAUCAUCAUCUAUGAAUAUCCUUCUCUGAAACCCUACAGAAUACUUCGGGAUGGGGCAGAGAAGGGGUAUGCUUAUGUGGACUUUAACUUCAGGGGUACUUUACUGGCCUCUGUGGGGAGCAGUCCCGAUUACACACUGACCAUCUGGAACUGGAAAGAAGAGCAACCCAUACUGCGGACAAAAGCUUUUACUCAAGAAGUUUUUAAAGUGACAUUCAAUCCUGAAGAUGAAGAGCAGCUUACGACAUCAGGAUCAGGCCACAUCAAAUUCUGGGAAAUGGCUUUUACAUUCACUGGUCUCAAACUUCAGGGAGCACUGGGUCGAUUUGGCAAAACAGCUACUACUGAUAUUGAAGGCUAUAUGGAGCUCCCGGAUGGGAAGGUACUGUCAGGGUCAGAAUGGGGCAACAUGCUGCUUUGGGAUGGUGGUCUUAUCAAGGUGGAACUAUGUCGAGCUGCCAGAAAGUCUUGUCACCAUGGGCCUAUCAACCAGAUAAUGCUAGAUGAGGGGGAAGUGAUCACUGUUGGCUCAGAUGGAUGUAUCAGGAUAUGGGAUUUUGAGACGAUAGACACUGCUGAUACUGUUGAUGAAACUGGAUUGUUAGAGAUUGAGCCUAUUAAUGAACUUCAAGUAGACAAGAAUGUCAAACUCUUCUCUAUGAUAAAAAUGAAUGAGUCUGGAAAUAACUUUUGGCUGGCUCAAGAUGCCAAUGGAGCCAUAUGGAAGCUUGACCUUAGUUUUUCAAAUAUCACUCAGGAUCCAGAAUGUCUUUUUUCCUUCCACUCUGGAGCCGUUGAAGCCUUGGCCAUGUCUCCUGUCACUUAUCUCAUGGCCACGACCGCCUUGGACUGCUCUGUUCGAAUCUAUGACUUUGCUAGCAAAACUCCUUUGAUUCAAAUGAAAUUCAAGCAAGGAGGUACGACCAUUGCUUGGGUACCCCAAAUGGUAAGCUACAGUGGAGCACAAAUUAUUGUAGGAUUUGAAGAUGGAGUUGUUCGAAUCCUUGAACUUUAUGAUCCAAAAGGUCUCACAAUUUUUGCAGGACGGAAGAAAGUUUUGGAUGCAGAUAUUCACUUGAGACAGGUUUUUAAACCACAUACUGAUUGUGUCACUGCUUUAGCUUAUGAACGUGAUGGGGAAAUCCUAGCUACAGGGAGUAAAGAUCAUACUGUUUUUUUCUUUGAUGUGGAAAAGGAUUAUAAGCCAAUUGGUUAUAUUAACACUCCUGGACCUGUUAUCCAAUUAAUAUGGUCUACAAUCUCUCAUCCUGAAAACACUUUACUCAUAAUCUGUCAGAAUGGCUAUGUCCUUGAAGCUCCGUGUCCAAUCCUAAAGGAAGAAGAGGAUGAUCAUGAUCUAGCUUCCUAUGAAAUCAAAGACAUGCACCUAAAGUGUUUCCAUUACUCAAGUGUCAAAUCUAAGAUUCUGAGACUAAUAGAAAUAGAAAAAAGAAAGAAGAAAAAGGAAUUGAAGGAACAAGAAAGGGAAGAAAGGAGGAAGCUAAGAGAAGAAAUGGGAGAAAAUGGAGGGAAAGAAGUAGAGGAGCUAGAGGAGGAAGAGGAAGAGGAACCAUUACCUGAAAUCUUUAUGCCACCAACCCCUUCUCCCAUCCUGUGUGGAUUUUACUCUGGGCCAGAGAAAUUCUGGAUUUCUUUGGGUGGCUAUGACUCUGGUUUCCUAUAUCACUGUCAAUUCCCCCCGUAUGAUAAAGACAGUGAUUUUGAAGAACAGAAAGAUGAACCUAUUGAUUUCCGUUUUAUUGAUGAUGCUGAAGAUAACCCCAUCCAAACCAUCACUUUCAGCAUUAACAAAACUAUGAUGUUUUGUGGUAUGAGAAAUGGAGCAAUUCGAGUUUAUGUCUUAAGUGAAAAUGACACUUCGUUGACCAGUUUGGUGGACUAUUGGCACUUCAACAUGCAUGACAAUAAUUACGGAUGCAUUACAAGCAUUUCUACCAGUUUUGAUGACCGUUUCUUGGUGACUGCUGGAACAGAUAGCAAUAUCUUUGUUUUCGAUGUUUUUUCUGAAUUUGAAUUUAAAAAAGGCCUCAAAGCCAAAGUGCCAUCUCCCAGGUAUGGAAUUGAAUCAGAGCCGAUUCCAGAAGAUAUUGAAGAUCCUAAAGAGUAUAGUAUUGAGAAUGCCAGGAGGAAAAGAGAGCAUGAUAAGUUAAUGAGAGAAGUAGAAGAAAUAAAAGCUGGGAAGAGACAACAAAUCAAAGCUUUGAGGAAAGAGUUUUUGAAACUAUUAGCACUGAAUAGAGAAUUACCAACGCAUAUGCAGUUUAAACGGACAGAUUUUGAUCUUGAUUCAAAAAUUCGUGCUGAUAUUGGCAGAAGAACAGCUCACAAAAUUCAACAAGUGGAGAAAGAACUCGCCUGGGAAAAAGAGAAGCAUGAACUUGGCCUAAAGAAGCUACAGAAUAGAUUCCGUGAUACACUGGAAGGUGAUAUUGUCGUUGUUCAUGCCAUCAAAAGUGACCACAAGAUAUCUUCCUAUAGGCUGGUGAAGCCUUCCAAGUACUCCAAAUCCAAGCGAUCAAGUCAGUCAGAGAGAAGACCAAGCAAAUUUGAGAGGUUUGAGAAGGAAGGACUUGGAAAAAAGGAUAGCAGGAGAGAAACAGGUGAAAGCGUUAGCAUAAUUGAAGAAGCAAUAAUUGAAAAAGAGAAGAAAGUUCGGCCUAGAACGCUAAGUGAAAUUAUGAUAGAAAAUCAAAUAGAAAAAACAAGGAAACUGAUAUUAAAGGCUGAAAAGGCCCAGCAAAAGAUACAGCAGCGCAAAAAAGAAUGGGAGGAACUAUACAGGAGUAAGCCUGGCGAUGACUAUGAAGACCCUAAAGAUGUCCAAGCAAUCAAAGAAGCCCAAGUGUUCAUGGGAGAUUUCAAUCUGAAGACUGCCCCAGACUAUAAGAUACCAGAACACAUGAGAAUAAAUGCUGCCAAGAAGGAAGAGGAACUAGGACAACUGGAUUCCAUGGCCCAUGGAAAGAAAAUGCACAUGAACAGGUGCAUUCUCUCUCUCCGAGAUCUUAAAAUAGCUGUUAUUGAUGAAAUACAGUGCCUGGUGCAAGAACUGAAGAACAUUCAGUUGUCUCUGGAUAAAUCCAAACACAUCCCCAUUCCUGAGAUACCUCAGAUAUACCCAGAAGAAGUUCCAGAAAGGAGAUUUCACUAUGAUGAAGAAACUCUCCUAAGUUUUAAGCGUGAGCGUGCGAAAAGUCUUGAUGAAAGUUCAUACCAAGUGGAGCAGGUGGAGUCUGCAAGCUCAGCUGGAGGAUUCCUCAGACAUUCAAUUUUAAAGGAUGCAGAUUUGGUAACACGAGAUUCAGUAUCUAGGUCAUCAAGACCAUCUGUAUACAGUCUGGAUAUUCCCAAGGUGGCAGAAUUUGGAAAAGCAGAGCCAACGGAUGUGGAGCUGGAGAUUAUGAAGAGGGAUGAGAUUAAACACUUGUACAUGCAGCAGUACUUGUCUAACAGGAUCAAAGAACUGAUCAUCACUUUUGACGCUGAACUCCGACUCCUGAGACAUCAGAAACUGAAACUAGACACCCAGAUGAAAUUAUCAGACCUGCACCAUCUCACAUUGUUUCAAGAAAUGCUUCUCCUGAAGAAUUAUGAAAAGCAGGAGAACAUACUUCAAGAACGUGUGAAUUUGCUAGACAAGGAGGAGCAGGACAUGCAGUGGAAAAUAAAUGAAACUCUUAAAGAGAUGGAAGAGAAAAAGAAUGAAAUCACUAAGCUCCAGGAGCAAGAAAAGGCACUUUAUGCUGGUUUCCAAGCAGCCGUUGGAGAAAACAAUAAAUUUGCUAACUUCCUCCUGAAAGUCCUAAAGAAGAAGAUUAAAAGAGUAAAGAAAAAGGAAGUUGAAGGAGAAGCUGAUGAAGAUGAAGAAAGUGAGGAAUCGAGUGAGGAAGAAUCCAGCUUGGAGAGUGAUGAAGAUGAGUCUGGAUCGGAAGAUGAGGUGUUUGAUGAUUCCAUCUGUCCAACGAGUUGUGAUCCAGCGCUUUUCGAACUGGCUAUUCAACUUCGAGAGAAAAGACUGGACAUUGAGGAGGCCUUAGUUGAAGAAAAGAAAAUUGUUGAUAACCUCAAAAAGGAGUAUGAUGCAUUGUCCAAAAAAGUGAAAGUUGUGGCAGCGAAUCUGAACACAGCAGAGGAGGCGCUGGAGGCCUAUCAGCGAGAGAAACAGCAGCGACUCAACGAGCUGUUGGUGGUGAUGCCACUCAAACUCCACCAGAUAGAGUAUAUGGUAUUUGGAGAAAUACCUAGUGAUCUUUCUGGCACUUUGGUCUUCUCUAACCACUCUUUGGGGAGGCUGCAGGAACGAAUUGUACAACUCCAAGAAGAAAAUUCCCAGCAGCAAAAGCUUAACAAAGAAUGCCGAGAGAGGCGCAAGCUGCUCAUCCGGGAAAAGAGAGAGAUGUCCAAAACUAUCCACAAAAUGGAAGAAACAGUCCGGCAGCUAAUGGUCAGCAAGUUUGGCCGUGUCAUAGACCUUGAGGCCCUUCAGACCCUUUCUGUGAACACAACUCUUGAGGAAUUGAAGAUCAGAAAACUUCGAAAGGAGCUAUCGAAUGCAAAGGAGAUGAAGAUGUGGGAGGAAAAGAUUGCUCAAAUGCGGUGGGAACUGAUGGUGAAGACCAAAGAGCACACCAAAAAGCUUCAUCAGAUGAAUGAUUUAUGCAUUGAAAAAAAGAAACUUGAUUCUCGGUUGAAUACACUACAAAACCAGCAGGGCAACGCCUUCCAGAGGCCCCGCAAAGUGGACAUCGUGGCAAGAGAGAGAGCCACCGAACUGAUCCACGCCCAGGCCGAAAAGAUUUCAGCCUUAAAGCAAGAGAUCGCUCUUCUGCGUAACAAAAGUGGCCUUAUCCUCCCUCCCAUCCCAUCUGUGCAAGACACUGACAUGAAGCCCAUGGACCAGUAAGUGGAUGUGCUUUUUUCUCAAGCCCAGCCAGGAUGUGCAGUGUAAUCUGCCAUUGUGUUUAUUACCUGCAGCAGGUCCAUUAAAGCAACUGAACCUAAUUCUCUAAAAUCAGGCCAAGUCACAGUUUCAAUAAUUUUCCUCCCACUGGGUUAUUUUUUUAACUGGCAGCAGCACACAAAAUCUACUUCUUAUCGAGCCAAACCAUUGUAGGUGUUUGAAACCUACUAAAUUGUAUCGUCUAGGGGCGAGAAGGCAUCUGCUUUGUAUUUUUGUCUGAGGGAAUAUUUGUCCUUCUGGCAUUCUGAAUUUUUAGCCAUUGGCAAUAAACACUAUC